CCGAGGCUGCCCGGUGCUGGCUCCAUGGGGCGCCGGCGGCACCGGGUGGAAGGGGCGGCCCGAGCCCUACCUGAGGUUAUCGCCGCGCUGAGUCGGUCCCUGCCCGCUGGACCCAGCCCCGAAAUCUUCCGCCGCGCAAAGUUUGACCGACCAGAGGCGGCUCCGGUGCUCUGGCAGCUUCUCUUGCGGGUGCUCUCACAGCUUGGUGAAAUCAAUACCUGUACGGACCUUGCCCCAGAGGCCCAAGCCCAUGUGGUGAAGUCAGCACUGGGUUCCCAAGGCUACCCCAGGUCUGCGCGGCUGCAAUUUCCUGAGAGCAGUUCUCAGGGAAGCCGGGAACUGCUGCUGGCCCUGUCGUGGCUCCUGGCACGAGGACCCUUGCUUGAGCAGCUGCUUGCCCAGACCCGUGUGCAGCUGGGUGACCAGUUGCCCCAGUGUGAGUGGGAGGCCCAGGCCAGUCCUGGUCCUCCUGCACCCCUUGUGGAAACAAAGAGUCCUGUGGAUCUCCGACUAGUGCAAUGGCUGAUGGGAAAGCUGCGGCUUAGGUGGCGGCGCCUGAUCUCCAGUCAGCAGGAGCAGUGCACCCUCCUCGGCAAGAUUCACCUGUACACCCAUGGAUGCCACAGCCAUCAGAGCCUUGGCCAUCUUUCUGUUGCCGAAACAGAGAUGCUGAGGGAUCAAGAGAGCAGUCAGCAGCUUCUGCAGGCCUUGGAGAGCGAGAACACACGCUUGGAGGCAGCUCUGGAGUGGCGGCGCCGUGAGCUGGUCUUCUGGCAGUGGAUGGAUACAGUUCUGGAUGCCUGUCCCCCCGAGAGUCCUGCUGUGACCUCACAGCCCACAGUCCUGCCCGUGAUCUCUGGCGGUGGGCUUGGUGAGCUGGAGGUGGUGAAGCAGGAGUUGCAGGCCCUGCAGGAGGAGCUGCAGGAACUGGCUGGGCCCCGGCGGGCUGUGUGGGAAACCCAGGUUGGAGGCCUAGGCCGGGGGCCAGAGUGGAGCAACACAAGGAAGGCCUUGGAGGAUGCUGUCAAUCAGGAGUUGGUAGCCCUGCAGGGUUCCUGGGAGCAAUCCAGUAACCCUGCCCAGUCACAAAGACCCCAUCGACUGGUGAGAAGGAAGGACGGGGCACCAAGAGCCCAAGGCCUGCAGGCAACCCAGGCGAUCAGGACACUGAGCACCCAGGAGGCCUGUCUGAAGAAGGUGCUGCACCAGCUACAGAGUCAGUGUCAGGAGGAGCUAGCCAGGCUGGCCGGCGCUCUGCCUGGCUUGAUUUGGAUUCUGGCUCCCGGACACUGAAGGCCCAAGAUGUGUCC